GCAGGUCAACUUGGACUUGAAAACUCUGUUGAAUCAUCAAAAGCAAAGACCUCAUUGGGCUUUCUCUUUCUUUCUUUCUCAUCAUCCAAGUAUAUCCUUUGGGUUUCUUUAAUUUCGGCUGGUGAGUUGAUAUUGAUUAACCUCACGCAGUAGUGGUGACGCCGUCCACUUUUUAAAAUGCUUUAACCGACGUCUUACGCACAUCAUUACCAUAAUAAGGGUUGUCACAGGCACUGACCUUAAAAUGUUAGUCGGAUCUUUAGUGCCCAACUUCAGGGCAAAAGUACGGAGGGGAGAAACAGUCCGGGAUAGCGUCAAUGUUUGGUAUGAUUUGUUAUGAAGAGUGGUGACAUAUCAAGAGUUAAUUCACGCCGUUUCUUUACCUUAUUCUCUAAACUUCCUGCAUUUAAGUGUGAUAAUAAGCCUUUCCAACUGUUUUCAUCCAUCCAUCUUACUCCAUCCUAGGUGUAGCUGCGUCUACCCCACUAACUCGGUGAUCUUCCACACUUCUGUGACCCAAAUUGGGGGUUGCUGCGCCGCUUCGGUCUGGGCUCUGGGCUCAAACACCUCUAAACUCUAGACUCCACGCCACUGCUUCCCCAGAACCUACCUUCCAUAAGGUAGAUCCCACUACCGCUACGGUGCAAGUGCACGUCAACCUUUCUCCUCUCCCCUCUUCUCCUCUUCCUCUUCCUCUUCAUACUCAGCUUCAUUAUCCUCGUCACACAACGAAGCAAGAAUUUACCACUACAUUGACUCCCGCAUAAUUGCCUCUGUCGUUCUUUUUGGUAUUGCGACCGUGCGAACUAAGAACAUUACGCUGCUAUUGGGCGCUCACCAGCUUCACCGAGUGGCCUCUGACGUACCGCCCCGAGUUCGAGCACGAUAUCAUUUAUCUCGACGCUUACCGACAUCACCGAUUAUAACCAGCAUCGACUCAGUGCCAGUUUGAGAGACGAUAGAACAUAUACUCAUUCAUUCUUGGCCACACGCAAUGCCACCCUGUAUCACACAUACAUAGGCAUCUCUAACAGCUGUCUACGGAAUCCCCACCAGACUAUUCAUCUUUGUGGGCGCAAUCCUCGACACCGCUUGGUUGAGCUCUCGUCGCAUCUCACCCUUACUACAAGCCUUGUCUAUUUUCUGAAGACGAACAUAUCGCUUCGGAUUUGCCGUCAUCAUGUCGCAUAACCAGCAACCUAUGAGCAUCGAGGCUAUGCUCGACAUGGAGCGCAAGGAAGUUCUCGCCUUGCUCGAGAAUCGACCUCGUCCUGAGCCCUCCAUGCCAGGAGCCAUGCGAUCUGCUUCACCCUAUGCCACCCCUCGAUCUCCCGUUCGGAGUAUGUUGGAUGUCGACGAUCAGCCAACACCAAGCUCACCACGACAGACUGUGCGGAGUAUGCUGGACACCAGUUCUCCCCCGCCACCAAAAUACCGAAGUAUGUUGGAUACUGACACACCCCUCGCUGGACCCUUGAGGCCUUCCGGAACCAGCACGACUCCUAAUUCUCCAGUCAUGACCAAAGCAACUCUCGCGCCCAGUAGCGUCGGGCAUACGCGAAGCUUCUCUGAUGCAGCCUCGAACCCCGUUGAUUUUGGACCUCGAGCAGCUGCUGCCCGGAAUGACCCUACCGCCGGUUAUCAAUUUUCAGAUAUCAUUACGCGCAAUAGCGGCCAACAACUUCCCAAGAGAAACACGCAGGGCGGCAAGAAGCCAUCUGCGAAUGCUCUGAGUGAGGCACUCCGCAACGCCGAUCUCAGUGGCCUGCAAAUCCCUGGAGAAGGUGAUGGCAGGCGUUCCUGGUUUGGCGGUAGCGGCAGCAGUCAGAAGUCAAAAUCUCCUCACAAUCGGCUGGGGUCAAGGUCCAGGUCUCCAGCUCACGUAACGCAGGUAUUGGCGCCAGGUAAGGCUAUGCUUGAUGAUGGCCGAAUUGUGGAUAUCAGCAAUGCAUAUCGAAGGUUAUCUGAUGCCAACCUAGCGUACGCAGGUGGUAGUUUGUCUCAGCUGCCUAGGCGCAACCGCGAGGAUGCCCAGAGUGGAAGGAUGAUCAAAGACUACCUGAGCCCUGAUGGCGAGCACCUUGGCUCAAGUGAGGAAGACGAGGCGUACUCAUCCGAUGACGAAGAUCGUGGUCGUAAGAAGGCUCCCAGGUCACUUAACCCCGAUGCAAUUGGUGGGUCGGCAGACGAUCCGAGUAAGGAGCGACGAAAAUCAAUGAGUCUUCUCGCUGCUGCAGAGGAAGAGCGGACAACAGUUGCAGCGAAGCAACCUAAGUACCGUUCUCUACUUGAUGAGCCAGAAAUAAAGAUUACCACUCCUCUGGGCGAGAACACACGGUUGAACAAAGGCGGCGGUGUGCAUCCUAAGACAGCUUACGAUCAGAUGUCAACAGUGGCUUCUGCAAACGAUUCAGACGAGGAGGCAGAUAUGGAUGAUAUCAAGCGGGCUCAAAAUCUGUCCUGCUCGAUGUCAAACAUCAUCUCCACUCCUGAGUCUCACCGCGCUAUCCGUAUGAUCUAUCGUGGCGACUACAACAAGAUUGUUCAGCAAGCCGAGGAGGAACAUCACCGUCUGCGAAAGUAUCUGGUUGCAUCGGAUCUGAGUGAUGAAUCUACACAUGCCCUCGAAUGGGCCAUUGGUACGGUCCUACGAGACGGUGAUACCUUAAUAUGCAUCUACUGCGUGGACGAGGAGACCGGCAUCGGAGGGGUCGACAACUCGGUUCCUGAUGAUCCAAAGGCUAUGAGAGAGCAAGCAGCUGCUAUCAACACGGUAGCAAACUCAAGAUCUGCUGCGCCCUCCAUGUCUGCUGUCCCAGAUUUCGUGAGGAAUUCUAUUCGAGGAGACUCCUCCAAGAACAACACCCCAAACACAUCUCCCGCACCUUCAAGUCGAGGAGAAAGAGGCAGGGCGGAAGAAGAGCGGCGUCGAGCAGUUAAGGAGAUCACAGACAAAGUGCUCCGUCUUCUGCGAAAGACGACGCUCCAGGUCAGAGUUAUUGUGGAAGUCUUGCAUUGCAAGAACCCGAAGCACUUGAUCACAGAGGUCAUCGACCAUGUUAACCCAACACUUGUCGUCAUAGGAAGUCGAGGCAGGAGUGCACUCAAGGGUGUCAUUCUGGGAUCAUUUUCCAACUAUCUGGUGACGAAGAGCUCGGUCCCUGUGAUGGUGGCACGAAAGCGUCUCCGAAAGCAGGGCAAAUACAGAGGCGUGAAGCCUGUGAACAAUCUCAGCAACCCAGCAGCUCGAAGUUUGGCCAACGCCAAAAUUGAUUAAUCGAAGAAUCACGUCUUACAGAAAUCUGGAUCGUUAUGGAGAGGCACAUGCAUGGGAAAUGCUCUACGAGGCUUCAUGAUUUGUUAUGCUGGGGUCAAGCGGCGCAAGGAUUUGCAGUUUAUUCUUAGAAACGGGCUUUGUUAAACAUAGUUGGCGCGAACUUGGUGAUUGAAAGCGGAAGCGAAAGCGGAACCAGAAACAGAAGUUGAAAGGAUUCAUGAUGUUUUGAGUAGAGGCCGCUCGUUAGUUUAUCAGUUGAAUCAAUCCAGAUUAUGAGUUUAAAACCACAAUUUGGUCUAUGUACAGUUGUGAAGAGUUGCAUGAACCACGGG